AUGGCUAAUUCAAAUGGUUUAGCUGUUGGUUUAGCAGUUGGAAUUCCAUCAUUAUUAAUAAUAUUAGUAGUAUUAAUAUUUUGGUAUAAAAAUCAUAAAAAGUUACAAAAAGAAGAUAUUGAUGAUGAAUUUAUUGAAAAAGAAUUACAAAAUGAUCAACUGAGUUUUAAACAAUUUCAUGAACAAUUACAUAGAAAGUAUCACAAUGAAAAUGAAAAUAUAAUAAAAGGUAAAAAUGGUGAUGAUAUACAAUUUAAAGAAAAUAUUAUUGUUGAUUCUUCAAUUGGAAGUUCUGAAUCUGAUUUUCCUUCAAAUACUUCUUCAUCAACUACAAAUAAACUACAACAGCCUCAACAACAGCAAACACAGCAAACACAGCAAUCACAGCAAUCACAGCAACCCCAACAUCCUUAUGGUCAACAUUUAAAACUUCCACAAUAUCCAUCAACUCAAAAUAGUCAAACUUUAUCACAAAUUCAUCCAACUUAUUAUCAUCAAAAUUCUUAUUCACAACAUCAAUCAUCUUAUGAUUUUUAUGAUACUUUUAUUCCAACUUUUACAAAUAAUGAUAUGAUAGAUUCAUCCAAUGGUUUCCCACAACAACAGCAGUCACACCAACAGCAUCAUUCUAAUCAUCCCCAUUUAAAUCAUUUAAAUCCAUUAGGAAAUUUCUUUUCAUCAUCAAAUUCAAAUUCUAACUCUAAAACAAAUUCAUUUAUAGAUUUACCAAAUUCUUCAGAAAAUAUAAAUAAUCGUCAAAAUUUACAAGAAUUUAAUUCACAAUCAUCAUUACUAAACAACACACACAAUAAUAACUCUUCUCAAUCACAACCUCAUACAAGAUCAUCAUCAACAGAUUUAGAUACAUUAGCAAAACAAUUAAAUAAUCCAAUAUAUUUUGAAAAAUUACCAAGUAAAAUAGCAGCACAACAACAAAAUUCAUUUUUUAUAAAACCAAGAUACCCUUCAACAACUCUUAAGAAUAAUAAAUCAUCUUCAUCUGAAUUAAUUAAUAAUUAUUUAAUUGGUGAAAAUUCUGCAAUAAAUGAUCAUUUUACUUAUGAUGCUCCAAUUAUAGAAAAUAAACAACAAUUUAAAGAACAAGUUAAAGAAGAUAAUGCAUUAAAAGAUAAAGAAGUUAAAGAACAAGGAGGGAAUAAAGAAAAAGAAAAAGAACAAAUUAAAGAACAAGAGAUAAUUGAAGAAAAAAUUUCAAAAAAUCCAUUAAAUAAUCAAAUUGAUAAUUCAUUUGAUUCUAAAAUAAAAUUAAAUCCUACUCCAAUAAAUAAUAUAAGUAAUGAUAUAACAAAUAAAGAAAAAGAUAUUAUUCCACCAGUUAUAUUUCAAUAA